AUGGACGCACCGCGCCGUCGUGCGAGCUCAGAGCGCGCAACCGUCCUCAAUUUCACUCGCAUUCUCCUCAUCGGCGGCCGCUGCGGUGACCCAGACAGUUGGUACAGCAAGUUCGCCGCCGCGGGCGUCGCGUCCUUCCCGGGCUCCCAGCAUCUCUGCUCGCCCUACGAUGCCGGCCAGUUUGCAGAGUACUCCGACGCUUUCCACGAAAAGGCGCUGCGUGACGCCACGGCCGCCGCCGCAGACAGCCCGAGGCAGACGCUCGUCAUCUCGGGCGCGGUGCCCGCGGGCGGCGCAGCAGAGGAUGCGCUCGUCAACAUGCUGCGCACCGGCGUUGCGGCGAUUGAAGCCUUCGGCUCGGGACUCAACCUCACGAGGCACAGCCUGGCCGCCGCCGACGUGCUGUACGUGCACGCCUCUCCCGAGGGCGCCGCUUCUCCCGACGCAGGCGCCGCCUUGGGCCGCGAGCUCUGCCGGCUCAAGGGAGGAGCCACCCGUCUGAGGGUGGCCAGGUUCUACCUCACCGGCCGGUCCGACCUCGACUUUCGUGUGGACUCGACCCUCGCUGGCUUUGCCGAGGCGUGUCCUGUCGGAUACAGCGAUCUCUGGUCGAUCUCCGCGAGCGUGGAGGGCGCCACCCAGGCAGUGGCCCCUUACUUUGCCAGCAAGCCGCUGCCGGAGGUGAUCCUCGCGCCCAACGACGACAGCGCUCGCGCGCUGCUGUCUGCGGCGAGGCAAACGCUGCAAGAGGAGGAGUACAGCAUGCUCGGCACCACCGGCUGGGACAAUAGCUUCCCAGACCUCGUAUCGGCGCGCAAGAUCCUCGUGACGGUCGACCAGAUGGUCUUCUACCCCAACCUGGGGAUGUGGCGCACGCUGCAGCAGCUCGUGCAAACCGUGCAGGAUAUAGGGCUCAGCUCGACGGCCGCAGUGGCGGCGGAGUUUGACGUUGAAGGCGCGACGGUAGACGUGUCCUGGUCGAGCGCGUCGACCGUCUCGAGCGACCCCGUCGGUUUGCUGCUCGAAGAGCAGAUGAGCAGCUAUGACCCUCGCGUGCCGCCGGUCGGAAGGACGUCCGUCGAGACCGGCCUCCGCAACGUGAGCGUGACGCACUUCACGCCCUUUGACGGCACCUUUGAGCUCGUUUACUGGUUGCACCUCUCUUGGGUCGACCCGCGGCUCGAGUGGGCGAUGCGCAAGCACGCCGACCCGAUCGAGCUGCAGCUUGACCAGAUCUGGAUGCCUCCGUUCCUCUUCCUCAACGAGUAUUCGCGCAACACGCUCUCGAGCGUGCCAGCGGUCGUCAUGCCGUCAGGACGGGUUUCCGUCGAGCACUACCUCCGCUCGACUUUUCUCUGCCACACGGAGAAGGGCAUCAGCCAUUUCCCGUUCGACGAGUACGAUUGCGCCGCCUCUCUCGCCGUGAGCAACCUUGCCGUCUCCAUGGACGGCGGCCUCGGCUUCGAUGUGGUCCACGAGGAUCCGAAUUUCUACGCAUCGUUCUCGACAGCGCUCGACGCCGACGAGCGGCGCGAUGUCGUUUUGUACAAGCUACACUUCACGAGGCACUCGUUCAAGAUGUGGCUCCGCCUCAUCGUGCCGGCAAUUCUACUCAAUCUAGUGGGGUUCAUCGCCUUUUGGAUCCCGGCGCCGGGGGAUUCGAUCGCCCUCGGUGUCACGGCGCUGCUCUGCACGCUCGCCCUGCGCGUGUCGGUCGAUAUGCCAGACACGUCCGACGUGACCUGGAGCGAGCUCUUUAUGACAAUCAACGUCAGCUACCAGGCGCUAGUGUGCUUCUUCAGCUUCCUCGACUUCAACGGCAGCAUUUCUCGGCGGAUCCAGAGAGCAGGGAGAAGCUGGAGGCGCGGGCGCGUCCGCAUGCGGAGGAUCGAGCGCAGUACCAGCCAGGGGGAGCGCAAUGGGCAGGGCCAGCCCUAUUUUAGGGAGCGCGAGGGGGCGGACGAGGAGGAGCCGAGCGGGCAGCGCGACGGCGUUCCCAGGCGACGCGAGACCGGCGGGCCCAGCGACCUGCUCGCGGCUGCGCGUGCAAGUGCCGGGGUUGGGCCCGCGCUCUCUCUCCGGAAGCGACGCCCGUCGCCGGAGAGUCUGGCGGAAGCAGCGGAGGAGCCGCCUGCGGACAUCGACUUCGACUGGGUCGGCCGUCGAAUAGUCGUGCCCAGCUAUGUCAUCGUGGUGAGCACGAUGCUAAUUAUGCAGGGGAAGUUCAUCUAG